AUGGGGUUCUUAAAAAAUCUAGUAGCCCCUAAAUCUGUGGAUUCUCUCGGAUUAGAGGACAUUGUCAAACGUCUUAAGGCCCACUAUGCUCCUAAAAAGCUUCUUAUAUCAGAACGCUACAAGUUCUACAAGAGGGAUCAGCUCUCGGGUGAAUCUGUUUCAAACUAUGUCAUUGAACUUAAGAGACUUGCUUCUCAGUGUAACUUUAACACAUUUCUGGAGGAGGCGCUGCGGGACCGGCUGGUUUGCGGCCUCACCAACGAGGCGAUACAGCGUAAGCUGCUUACGGAAAGUGAUCUUACUUUUACAAGGGCAGUAGAAGUUGCGGUCUCUAUGGAACUAGCUUCCAGGGAGUUAAAGGGGUUUCACGAGUCCAGUUCGGAGCUGGCUGCCAGUGAGGGAUGGGAGAAUGCAGGUUGUACAGACAGUGUGGCAGAGCUGGCUGCCAGUGAGGGAUGGGAGGAUGCAGGUUGUACAGACAGUGUGGCAGGUUUGUCUCACACCUCGGCGCCCCACUGUGUUGUCACGGUGGUCUUGGGGAGAUCAACUCCCCGGUAUCGUCUGCAGGCUGACAACGCGGCAGCUCUGUGUUUGGUUCUCUCACAACUUACCGCCAGAGUAGAGGGAUAUUACGCUGCAAGAAAUAAAACUGUCUCGAUCAGUUUUCCAGCAGGAUCAUUGCCGAUAGCUCCGCUUAUGGCAGCCAUAGACAACCACGUGGAGCUGAGAAACAGCAUAAAGACUUUACGGGUUACUCUUGCUAACCAGACGACUCAAUAUCGAGCAAUCGAGCGACGAUUGUUGAGUAAACUACGAGAGAGAACUGUCCAGCCUCUCGUGGGGUUGGACAAGUUAUUGUCUGACACCCAUCACUUGAUAGUGACUACAUCUCAUGCCAUUGAGGACAAUACACAGACACUGGAGACUAGUAGUUGUGAACUGGCCUGCAUUGUACGUCUUGUGCUCGUUUUGGUAAGAAUGUGCGACACAACAAACCUCAAGGACUGGACCGACUUAGCCGCUGCCAUGUCUUAUGUCAUGCAUUCUUCGGAAACACAGGGAUGGGAGGAGGUUUGUGAACCAGGAGUGAGCUAUUUGCUGUCCACCAGUCUCGCAAAGUCUGUGAGGGAUCACCAACGGUCAACAAUAGAUCCGUUAAAAGAUUCCGCACGCUUCAAGAAACUCAUCUCAAUGGCGUUAGACCGAGUGGUUUCCGGACUGACACCUCGCCCCAGGGAAGACGCUAGGGCUGUUUCACCAAUCAUGGAAGGAGAAGAAAAUAUCUCCAGUGCUCAUGUUCACUCAAGAAAAAACUCAAGUGAUGACAAUCUAGUUUCACUGAAACUGCUUCCAAGCAGAAAGGCUCUGCAGUCAUACGAUAAACCAAGAAAAACAAAUGAAGAAGAUGGAGGAGAAGAUCUUGAAGAUUUGGUUUAAUAGUUUUAUCUGUUUUAAUACUUUUAAGCAUUUUAAAAUCCCGCCAAUGUUUUCAUGAGCACUUCUUAAUGUUGUCACUUAAAUGGGAGCUGCAAUCUUGUGAUCUCUUUGUCUAUAAUGUGUUUUCUAUAAGGACACAUUAUAGUGCUAAACAUAAUAUUAUUUGUGUUGUGGUAAAGUUUAUUGUGUUUUAAUGUGAAAUGUGUUUGCUAUUACACUCCCCAAAUGCAUAAUAAGGCGAAUAACCCUUUGAAUUUAAGAUAUUUAAAAAAGACCUAGAAAACUAUCCCUGAAACAAUUUUUUUUUAAAUUAAUGUUGCCAUGAAUGCAUUGCAUGGAACAAAGUUUGAGGGCUGUCCCAAGUUCUUCAUGAAGCUCCUAACCGUCGUACUUACACUAAUACCAUUCUAGCCCUGUAGGAUGAUUAAUCUUGUCAUAGUAUUUAAAAUUUCAAAAACAUUGUGAGAGCAGAAAAUUGAUGCCCCCAACUAACUGCGUUCUGAGAUUGGAUAUCUGUGUUCUCAGUCGUUAACGCUCUUAAAGUUUAUUGCAAGUUGAUAGACUCAAAUGAAAUAAAAUAGUUGUUUCCAGUUAAUAAUCUUAUUUAUAUUUCAAUAUAUUAAACAAAUUUAAAUAACCAUUUAACUCUUAACUUAUCACCACGAAAAAAAGAAAAAACUUUUAAGAGCUAAACUUUUAAUUACAAUAAAUAAAAAUGUUAAGCUCGAUACUGUUUUAAUAAAGGUUCUAACAGAGUAGGCUUACGGAAUACUGACUGACAGACCAGUUAAAAUUGUCAUCUUACUUUUAAAAUGUUAAAUGAGAAACUUUUCCCAUACUAUGUUUUUUUUUUGUUAACACUCUAGCGUCUUUAGCUAGAUGACUUUGGUUUCGUUGUUCUUUAACCAUUAUUUUUAGAUCAUCAAAAGCGCGGCAUCUUGACAUUGCUACGUACAAUGCCCCAUGCUGAAAGCAGGGCUCUGGCAUAUAAAGACUAACUUUUUCAAGUGUCUGUCCUUGACUUUUUCCAGCCGAACUUUCAGUAAUAAUUUCAAGAUUUAGGACUUUGUUAUUCAACUCUUUACCAUUAAUCUGGUUCCAUUAACCAGUCCUUUUUGUGGAUUUAAAUUCCUUAGUAAAAUUACAAUUACACCUUUUUAAAGGCAUAAUUUGUGAGGAGGUAAACCUCUUGGUGCUAAAAUGUGAAGAAAUUCACCAGGUACAUGUAACUGGUCCCCCUCUUCUUGAAUCAAUCCGUCCACUGAUUAGUAAACUCUCAUUAUUUAGUUGCUCAACUAACUAUUUUAUCUAUAUAUAAAGCCAAAAGUACCCAUGAACUUUUGAGAAACUACAAGUCACACCCCCCUAAACCAUAUACUUAAAAUGUUCGUCAUGGCGAGAAACCUUGCGCAAAACUAUCCAUUAUUUCUUAAAUGCCCUUUAAGGUCGUAAUUCCUUUCUAAAGGGAACUUUCCAUAUACCUAAUGUUAAAAAUACCUCAGCUGUACUUAUUUGUUUGUAUUACUGUAUUCCGUUUUGUUUAUUUCAGCUUAACUUAAGCAAUCAACAAUUUUAUUAAUACUUAUGAAGUCAAACGGGGUGAAGCCCGUAGGUAACAGCUAGUUAAAAGUAAAUAUUAAAAUGACAUAUAGUCGGGGAAAUAUAGGAUAUGACCUUAAAAAAAUUGCAAGAAAAUGUUUUAUGGUUUUAUUUUGUAGAGCUGGGUUUGCAGAAUGAGGUACUAAAAGUU